AUAAUGACCACCACUUAAUCUGAGGGUGAAUAAUUCAUAAAAAUACAUAUUCCCCCACGUGAAGGAAGGUUCUGAAUAUUAAUAUAUAAUACGAAACAGGACAGUUCCUGAGUGGUGUGUGAGAAUAAAAAAGGAGAAAAUAGAUACAAAAAAAUAACAAAUUAUUAUUGAAGGUACAGAACAUAAAGAUGAAGUUUUCGGUAAUGAUUCUACUGCUUUCGCUUUCGAUAACUGUUUAUGUAGACGCAUACAGUGUUGAGAAGGCGGUAGCAUCUAGUCAGGCGAAUAAGGCAGUCAAUGCUGUUAUUGCUGCAUUAAAUGCCAAAGAUGAUUCAAGCAGCUCGGAUGAUGACGAUAGCAGUAGUGAGGAAAAUGAAGAUUUUACUCCACUCGGCCAAGUAGGUGCAAAGAAAAAGAAAGCGGAUGAUUCUGACUCCGAUUCUAGUGAAGAGGUCGAACUAAAUGAACUGAUUGAGGAAUUCGCAGACAUGUUUAAUGAAGCCGGAGAUAUUGAUUGGAGUGAACUAGGCAUUGACGAUUUUGAAAUGUUAGGAAAUGAAUUUGACCUCGAUGGUGGUUUACUGUGGCAAACAGCGCAAGCUGGUCAAGGUAUCUUCGGUGGUGGCGCCCAUGCAGGUGCAGGUGCCAUUGGUACUGGUGCAGGUGCCGUUGGUACUGGUGCGGGUGCUGGUGUGGGUCUUGGAGGAUCGUGGGCUGGUGGAAGUGGACAAUUUGGAGGUUCAGCUUCUGGUACUGCAGGUUCUGGUCAAUGGAAUGGAAAAUACGGCUAUGGUACUUCCGGUCAGGGUUCUUCAACUAGCGGAGCUGGUCAGAGCUCAUCUGGCCAAAGUUCAUCAAGCGGAGGAGGUCAAGGGUCAUGGACUGGAUCGGGAAGCGCUGGUCAGGGUAUGUGGGGAGGUGCCGGCGGUUCAUGGACUGGAUCAGCUGGUCAGGGUAUGUGGGGCGGUGCCGAAGGUGGAGCUGGUCAGGGUAUGUGGGGCGGUGCCGGAGGUGGAGCUGGUCAGGGUAUGUGGGGCGGUGCCGAAGGUGGAGCUGGUCAGGGUAUGUGGGGCGGUGCCGAAGGUGGAGCUGGUCAGGGUAUGUGGGGCGGUGCCGGAGGUGGAGCUGGUCAGGGUAUGUGGGGCGGUGCCGGAGAAGGUUCUUGGACUGGUGGAGCAGGACAAGGUAUGUGGGGCGGUGCCGGAGGUGGAGCUGGUCAGGGGAUGUGGGGCGGUGCCGGAGGUGGAGCUGGUCAGGGUAUGUGGGGCGGUGCCGGAGGAGGUUCUUGGACAGGAGGAGCAGGACAAGGUUCAUGGACAGGAGGAGCUGGUCAUGGUUCAUGGACUGGUGGUGCCGGUCAAGGUGGAGCAGCCGGAAGCGGAUCAAAAUGGUGGAUGUCAACUUCCGGUAAAAAUGCUGCACUUCUCGAAAGAUUAAGAGCUCUUUUACGCGCAAAGAUUGCUGCUGGACAAUGGAAGGAAGAGUGGAACCGACAUUUUGGCAAAGCAUUUACUUCCGGAUUUGUCGACCGUGAAAAGCCGGGACACAUUUUACAGACAGUCAAAGGAAAAAUGGGUCAUAAUGAAAUUGGAGGAGCGACAAGAGUUGUACUAGGGAGCGGUUCUUGGUCCCAUCAGACAAAACCAGUAGAAACAGUCGCCCGAAUGACAGCCAGAAGGUCCGGAAGUAGUUCCUCUGGAAAUAAUCAGCAGAGGACAUCUUUAGCACAGACGCAAACAAUUAACUGAGUAUGCAUUUAUUCCUAAAAAAUUAUAAUGUAAUAUAUAAAAAUGUUCUAUGGUGAUUUUAAAACGAUAGUUUUCUUCUGUAAUUUUGGGACAAAAUAGCUGAAUAGAGAAAUACCGUGUCUCAUGACGUUUUAUCAAAACUUAGUUACAAAAUUACCGGUGCAACAUGGACUUAAUUGCUGUGCGUAUCAUUUUCUGGACAUUUUAUUAUUUAUUAUUUAUGAACGAGUACUUGAUUGCCACAAAUCUUUCAAUUUAGUAUGAUGUACUGAAUCUUAUAUACUCACAUGUAAGGAAAGAUAUUUUGUUAUGAUAAGUAGGUGUAUUGUUAUGAAUAUCUUUUAAAUAAAGGAUAAGAACGUUAUGAGUUGGAGAAAAAAGACUGUACCCCUAAGGUGUACAUGUAUCAAAAAAUCGUCAUUGUUAAAAAAUUUUGAUGUUAUGGUUAUAAAAAACACUGAUUUAUUAAAUGAUACAAUUAAAUGA